AACGACAUUUACCGACAGCAAACGGAUGAGUUAGUAGCAAAAUUCAGCAACCAACUACGAGAGUCAGAACAUUUUCGAAACCUACACCUAGUCGGUUUGAACAAGUGUGACAAGCUUGUUCAAGAAGGUCAAAUGCUGAACCAAAAAUUGAACGCAAGCGAAAAAGAGCGCGAGAAGUUGAAACAAGACUACGAAGAAAUCAUUCUUUUACGCGAACAAGAGAAGAAUGAGAUGAACGAACUACGAAGCAAGCGCUCUAUGCUUUGGAAUUCGGAACUGGGCGAUGACAACGUCGAGAAUUUGAAAGCUAUGAACGAGAAGCUUGCCUUGGAAUUGCAAAUGAACGUCGAAAAGAAUCAUGGACUUGAGGAGAUGUUUACUGAAUUGAGAAAGCAGUAUUCCGAGGUCGACAAAGCGUUAGAAAGUUCGGAAAAUGAAAAGGCUUACUUGAGACAGCAAUGUGCCGUAACCAAACGAAGUUUGGAUAAAUGUAUACAUGAGAACGAGGUUGUAUUAGGACGAGUGCAUCAGGCUGAACAACAUCGCGAUGCUGCCGUGAAGGAAACUGAUCAAGCGCUUGCAUUGCAGUUGAAGGCAACGCGGGAACUCGUUAAACUUAAGGUAAAGUGAAGCUGUUCUUUUUAUACUUGAUGGCUGUAUCAGUUCUAAACCGUUCUUCCUAGAGAUCCAGAUAGAGUCAUUCCUUAUUGAUCCAGUGUUACUGUAAGUAAGGAGAAAACCUAACUAACUAACUUUACUUAGUAUAUUGGAUGGCUUUAUCAGUUCUAAACUGUUCUUCCUAGAGAUCCACUAAGGAUCAUCUCUUAUUGAUCCAGUGUUACUACAGGAGGAAACCUAGAUCUAUCAGUUCUAAACUAUUUUUCCUAGAGGCACAGUGAAGUCAUCAUUAAACUAACCUUAUACUAUAGCUGGAAAGUUUGAACGUUUAGCACAGAUCGUAAUCCAUUGGGAACUCUCUCACAUUACAAAUCUCGUGUAGAUUAAAUUAUUUAUUUUGGUAAAAAAGUAAUUAUUGAAUUGUAUACGCUCAAUGCCUUUGGAAAAAUUGACGUUGUUCAUCGUUAUUUUUAUAAAGGAGGAGCGAAACAGCGCGCUAAGUGAAUACAAACUGGUGAUGAGCGAGCGAGACACCGUACAUAAAGAGAUGGAUAAACUACAGGAGGACUUGAACAAGGCCCAAGAGGAUGCUGGGAAAUUUAAAGAGGAAGCGGAGAGACUGGGGCAAGAAAACGAAAUUGCGAAUCAUGAUUUGAGCAUCGUCAGAAGCGAACGAGAUAAGGUUGGAGACACAAGUUUAAUCAUUAUUUUAGCAACUUCAUUGGGAAAUUUCCAAGCGUCAAAAAUGCUAACGGAGCACAAAGCUUCUUAAUUUAAUAGUCACUCUUCUCUUCCAGUAUAGCAAUUCUCUUUCGGUUUUAGUCACUCUUCUCUUUUGGUAUAGUAAAAUAUACCAAAUGGUUAAGAAAACACUAUACACCAGCUUGGGCGUAAAAUACUGUCUAAUAAAAAUAACAGGUCAGGUCAUGUCCGAGUACAGAGAACUUUUUUCCGAAUCAAUUUAAUAUUUCCUUUAUUUCCCAGGCAAUGAAAGAAUUAUACUUGGUCAAACAACGCAUGAAGCAGUUGUCGACUGACAUGGACGAAGUCACGAGGGAUCGCGAGAAGGCACGAGAAGAUGCCGACAUGUUCCGAGAAGAGCGCGACGCUGCCCGACGUGAACGGCACGAGGCGAUCAUCCACCGAGACAAGAUCCUGAGGGAGUGCUUCGAGGCCAAACAACGCAACGACACGUUUAAAGGUGACAGCAAAGAAAGCGAAACUCUACGGAAGCAGUUUGAUGCUUUGUCGAAGGAACUGGCCAAUGCACUUAGCGAAGCAGAGGUUUCCAAGAAACGACGUGAUUGGUCGUUCAGCGAGCGGGAUAAAAUGGUCAAGGUUAGUCGUUAGUCCAGUAUUACACGCGUAAAAACGCACAAGUUGUUACAGGUCUGCAAACAAGUUGUUACAAAUCUGCUGACAACUUGUGACAAGCAGUGCGAAUACAUCUUGUUGACGGCUUGCUGGCAGACUUGUUACAAGAUGUGAGAUUUUUACGUGUAGCCAAGGCCGGAUUUUGGUGGAAAUGUGGAAGAGGUGGAAAAAAUUUAGGGGAGGUGUAGCGGUCUAGCUCACGACUCCCAUGAAAAGUUAGGGCUUAGAACGGGUAACAGUCAACGACGUGACGUAUGCAUGUAGUGUACAUAUGUAUCAGUCAUUAAUGAAUUGUGACUGUACAACUCAUCCAAUUUUGCCCUUCAUUACAAUCAGUGGGGAAGCCAGCCCGACAAUUUGGUCAUGCUAUGCAAAUUAUAAAUCAUUAUUAUUCAUUUCUUUAGAAAUUGAUUGUUUUUACGGUCUAUGAACACGGAAAUAUUUGCAUAGCAUGACCAAACUGUCGGGCUGGCUUCGCCACUGAUUACAAUGUAUGUAUAUCUGAUAUGUACCGUUCCUGGUUUAAGUAUUUAUGUUCUUUCCGUUAUUUUCGCUCCAGGAGAGGGAUUCGGCCAAGGCAGGUUGCGACGUGCUCAGACGGGAACGCGACCGAGCAGUGAGUGACCUAGCAGCGUUGCUAAGGGAUACAGAUCAGAUCAGACGUGAGCAAAGCAAGUCGAUGGAAGAGUUGAAGACGCUUCGAGAGAGAAUUAAACUGAGGCUCGAUACCGACGACCGCGCGGGAGUGGUAAAUAGUAUGGAUUCCGCGAUUGAUACUGAUUCGUGUACGGUGAGUAGCAUGCCAACUUAUCAGCCCUCGAGAAACACUCUGGUAAAAAAUUUUCUCAUUAACCAAGAAAUAACCCUGUUGGAGUUAUUCCUUGCAUAUACAGUAAACUAGGUUCUUAUUGCUUUUCAGGAUUGGGAAACCGAGAUGGUUGCUCUGGAAAAGGUAGAGUGAUUUUCUUUGUUGUUUAUUCGAUGGUAUAUUACGAUGGUAUAUUGUUGAAAAACUAUUAUUAAACGAUUUCAAGUUUCAGGCAAAAACGAAUUUUGGGUCCAGGUCUCAACCAAGGGGGUCUCCAAUCCAAAAGAAAAUAUUGGGACAGGAAUAUGUUAUUUCAUUUUGAAAUUUCGUAUGUGAUGAUAUAGAUAUUAUCUCGUUCUAUCAGGCAAGGAAAAAACUUGGAGAGGCUUGCAGCCUGCCUUUAGAAUGGGAAAUUUGAGGCGGGCCCCCAACCCAAAACAAUGAAUGAAUUGGGGACAUCCCCCCCUCCAACCCCCCCCCCCUUAUUUAUUCUCAUUCCUCUCUCUCUCCCCUAAAAGCCUUUACCCCCUUUUCGUUUCACCAAUUUAUUCACCUUCCCACUCUGUCUCCAGCUUGCAACAUGCACCCUGCUAUGCUGACGUGACUAUGUUUUGAAUUUAACAGAGAAGUGCGAAGGAAAAGCUUGGUUUUGACGUGGCUGCCAGUAAAUCUAGCAUCAUUGUGACGAAUGUCGUCAAAGACAGUCUGGCGUAUGGAAAAUUAAGGUAUAGAUGGAUGGGAGGAGAAUGAGUUUUCCUUCUUGGAUUACAAUCGUAUGUCUGAUGACUUGACAAAUUUUAUAAUUUGCUUUCAGAGUGAACGACUGUUUGCUUCGAGUUAAUAACGUCGAUGUGUCUACGAUGAAAUACGAGAAAGCUAUCGAAGCUAUAAACGAAGGCGAUAGUUUAAAUAUUGUGAGUACUUGCAGAUAUUUGGUUAAACUAAAGUAAAUUUAUUUAUACUGGCUAGCUUUGUCAGUUCUAAAAUCUAAACGACGAUUAUUUUUCAUUGUAGACGGUGAGAAGGCGGAAACCGCUGAACGAAAAUAAACGAUAUUCCUCUCCCAUACACCUCACUGUCCCUUAUGGAAAAGGUAUAACCAUAUUUCGUUCCCAAAACUUUAUAAGGUUCAGUGAAAAAUAUUGUGGAACAGCAGACGCUGGUCAACAAGUGUCGACCUUUAUAUCGAAGCGAGGACUAAACUAUAUCAAUUCUAUAAACAAGACUGUAAUAAUGAAAUGAAAUUUUCUGCACUGUAGCGCUUUACCCAACUAUAUUGUCUUUCAGAGUUGGGUAUUUUAAUCGACAAUAAUAAAACUGUGAGCUGGAUUAAACCGGGAAGUGUGGCUGAUUUGGAAGAAAGGCUAACCGUUGGUGACAAAAUAGUUACUGUAAGUAAUUGAAUCACUAGCUUAAAACGUAAAGUAAUGGGAGUGUGCUAAUUAUCCUUACUUGCAGCUGAGAGCUAAGCUGAUUUGGGAAGGACCCAGCUCAACCUGAAUGAGUCGAAGGCUUUCUGAAGGCGCCUCUGGCAGCCACCUUAUGAUUCAUGUCUGAUUACGUAGUACAGCUACGGUGGAAGGGUCAGUUAGGGGGCUAAUCCCAACCCACCCUGCCAACAUUCCGUGUGGCAGGAAACAGGAUUACCAGCAGAAAACCCAAGACUUUCGGGAGAGCGUUUACUCACUGUUUUCACAUAAAUAUCAUUUACUGUGAUUUUAGGAAUCGUAUAAGGUUAGUUGAAAUGUCGCGCUUACCACGUACCGAACCUAUAAAUAAUGUAACUGACUUCAGCUCAUUGUCUGAGCUCAUAUACAUCCACUUUGACAUCUGAACUGAGCCUUUACUCUUGAAAGAUGCGAGGUUUCUUUGUAAAAAACCAAUCCUUGCUCUCUAGGUCAACGGUACAGCAGUGACGACACUCUCUCAAGCGGAGACCGAAGAUCUGCUCAGCUCAAACAUUCUCAUUCUUGAAGUUCAGAAAUCAAUCGCAUCAUCACGAGCUAGCCCACUAGAAUCCCUUCUUGUCGAAGUCGACGAUAAAAUUAAGAAGGACUCUAACAUUCGUCGGAAAGCCGAAUUCAAAGAAGCCAUGUUAGCGGACAGCCUAUCUGCUCUGCAAGGAUCGGAGAAAGUUGAAACGAGCGAUCUAUCUAGCGCUUUGCAGUCAGAAUUGGACGAUAUCGCAUCGUUGAACGAUAAUUCUUCGAUUUUCGUUCCAAACACGCCGUUAAAUACUUCGCCGUCGCUUACACCGCUGUACGAAGAUAAGGAAAGGACUACGGGCACACAAACUGGCACAGGUAUGCAUGUUUGUUUGUGUGUAUACAAAUUCAAUUUAAUAUUAAUGACGAGAUAAACACUCGGUUGUGGUGAGUGGCGACCUCCCUGCUCCCGUAAGCUUUGUCCCGCUGAUUUUCAUUUCUUACCAUACAGGUGCUCCAGAACUCGUAACACGUCGGUGUAUGUCGGUGUCGCAAAAAUCCGAUAUAAUGCCGAACGCUGCGAUUACCGCUCAAAAUCGUACGAUGUCCGUCGGAGUUUCGUCAACCUACGCCAGACGUCGGAUUACGUCAGGAGUCUUUUCCAGUACCUUGGAGUCCAACACGGACGAUCAGAUUACGUCAUUAGAUCUCGGUGUGCGAUUUCCUGCCACGAAAAAGAAAGCGACCCGACCGAAAUCAGCACCGGUUGUACGGCCGGAUACUCUGGAGAUGAUUAUGGAUAGUAACCGCGUUAUUCACUCAGGUGAGAGUUUAGUCGAAGGGUUAACACGGUGCCUCUGACUUACACCAUCCAACCCAUGUCUGAGCACAGCUAAGGUGGUAGGGUUCUUUUUGGUGAGAGAACCCUCGAAGCACAGGAGAGAACCAACUACAACUCUACUUACGUGGGUUUCCAAACACAUCAAGUCAGAGCAAGAUACUUACAUAUCCUAAGUGACACCCAGUGGUAAUACCCUACCCUCGACCUACUUACAGUGGCAGGCUUAACUCAGCAGUAAAAGACAGCGCUCUAACCACAUCUGUCAUCCUUGCUUUCCUAAAGUAAUACCCUACUCUCGACUUACAGUAGCAGGCUUAAGUGAGCAGUAAGAGACAGUGCACUAACAGUAUUUGUCACCCGUCCUUCCUAAAUCUAACCACAAUGCGAUUAUCUAUGCCUAUCUAUUUACAGGUGAUUCAACGUUACCCCGUAGAACCCUGGUGCAUCCACCUAUAUCCCCCUCCGAUCCCCUAUCCCUGUCCUCCCGUGCUAACCAUUUGUCGGGCAGACCUCAAGCAAAUUCUCCACCUGCCUUCAGUUCGCUUUACAAAGCAAGAAAUGUAUCCCACUUCACACACAGCAGAACUACCCAGUCCUUUCCCGCUGUAAGCGACUUUGGCGUCCCGACAACGUCUACCACGAGUAAUGUGUCGCACACAUCGCUUCCAGAGGAGGCCGACACGGAGAAAUCGGUGUCCGACAUUCGCUCAAGAACUUGGACAGAACCGCCGAAAAAUCUUCGCAGUCAAGAG